UCCGCUAUUGUUCUUAGGCUUUGCCCUUUUUAUUUUACUCAUCCCUACCAAGGUCGGUGAAGUGGAGGAAGAAACAGGGGCUUGUGGAGGGAGGACAUUCGAUGGCGAGCGAAGAGGAGAGCACGGUGAAAGAGCCUCUCGAUCUCAUAAGGCUCAGCCUUGACGAACGCAUCUACGUCAAGCUCCGCUCCGACCGAGAGCUUCGGGGAAAGCUUCACGCUUACGAUCAGCAUUUGAACAUGAUUCUUGGAGAUGUCGAAGAGAUCAUAACUACUGUGGAAAUUGACGAUGAGACCUAUGAAGAAAUAGUUCGGACCACCAAGCGAACUGUGCCAUUUCUUUUUGUUCGAGGUGAUGGAGUUAUUUUAGUUUCUCCACCUUUGAGGACAGCAUGAAGACCCGAAGAAGCAUGCUUUGAUGAUGCACCAAAUCUGUCACCGACUGCAUCAGUUCAUUUAAGAUUGUCUCGUGUCGAUUCAAUGUACCGAUACAGAGGGGAGGUUGAAGCUGUGAUCCCUAUUUGAACCCCUCUCCAGUGCUACUAGAAAACAUCUGAAUUUGCUGUUGAAAGAAUAUCUGACUCUCUUGCUUUAACUAUAUCUUUGUUGUCA